AUGGGGCGAGGGGGGAUAUAUUAUUUCAAACGCGCCACGGUCACGUACUACCAAGCCUGUCUCACGCUGGCACGGAAGAUGGUCCGUGUCUUCGCCCUUGCUCUGGACCAGCCGGAGGAUGCGUUCGACGGGAUGUCCAUAUUCCUAGGUGCCAAUGGCACGAUCAACUUCUACCCGCCUAUCCGGGUUUCCACGGAGAAUGAAAACGGGGCCGAAGACUCGAUUGGCAUCGGUAGCCAUACGGAUAUUCAAUCGUUCACUCUUCUCUACCAGGAUGACGUGGGUGGGUUGAAUAUCAUAAAUCUUGAUAAUGAGUGGAUCGAAGCUACGCCCGUCCCGGGAACGUUUAUUGUUAACAUCGGUGACUUUUUGAUGCGGACGACGAAUGAUCGGUGGAAGAGUACCGUUCAUCGGGUUAACACUAAUCGGUCCGAGAAGCCUCGGAUGUCUCUGCCGUUGUUCUUCGGCUUCAAUCUCAGCCACCGAUGCGCGGUUUUGGAUUCGUGUAUUGACUCUGAGCAUCCAGCGAAGUAUCCGCCUGUGAGUUGUGGAGAGGUACGAGAGAACGUUUCCUUUCACUGCUCGAACUCGGCUGACGGUUUCCAGUAUGUCAACAUGCUGAUGAACAAGUUCUUCAACAAGCAGACGGUGGAGUCGAAGUAG